GUGUCCAAGAUGGCGACCUCCAUCGUUCUGUAUUAUACGGUCUCGGCAAUUGCAACAAAAUAACAUUAUUAUCACACGUCAAAACGUUGUUGUUGGUCGCAGAAAAUACAAGCCGGUUUAGUAUAUCGAAUCCGAAACGUUAAAAUAGUCUCCAAUGCUGUGUAGGUUUGUAGAACUGCGCGCGGUGUUAGUGUGAGGGGACUUCCAAGCAUGGCCACCGACAACAGAAUACAUUUCUGGAGGAAAAACGCAAAGGUUCCAGGAAGUAUACAGCCAGUUUAUGGAGCGCAGCAUCCUCCACUUGACCCCAGAAUACACCGCACGUUUCCUAAAGACACGCCAAAGGCAAAUAAUCUCAAGUCCAAAAAGGCGUCUAGUUUCCACGAGUUUGCCCGUAGCACCAACGAUGCCUGGGACAUUGAUGAUGAGGAGGAUGAGGACUUCUCAGCUCCAAUCCAUCCCUUAUCUCUCCCGCCCACCCUGCACUCCACGCACCAGGUACAACAACCCAUUAACACCACCACUGAGUCAGAAACAGGGCCGGGGCUUGCAGACCGGCUGGCUCCCCCAACAGCAGAGGUCCGUCUUCAGCAUGAGAAGGCCACAGACUGUGGACAGAUCAAUGGCAGAGUGGUGGUGAAGUCCAGCAGUGAGGCCCUGCUCAACACCAAUACAGUGCGCUCAACUCUGCAGAAGCAACAGUCUCUCCCAGUUCGCCCCAUCAUCCCGUUAGUCGCCAGAAUCUCUGACCAAAAUUCCUCGGGGGCCCCAAUCAUGACAGUGCGAGACAAGAGCCGAUUGGACAAAUUCAAAUACCUUCUGUCCUGUCCUAACACCGACCUCGAGGAGCUCCGGAAGCACAGCUGGUCAGGCAUUCCACGAGAAGUGCGACCCAUCACAUGGAGGCUCCUCUCAGGUUACCUCCCAGCCAACAUGGAGCGCAGAGACCUGGUGCUGAAGAGGAAGAGAGAUGAGUACUUUGGCUUCAUUGAACAGUAUUACCACUCCAGGACAGACGAGACUUACAAAGACACAUAUAGACAGAUCCACAUUGAUAUUCCGAGGACAAACCCGCUAAUUCCACUUUUCCAGCAGCCCACGGUGCAAGAGGUGUUUGAGCGGAUCCUCUUCAUCUGGGCUAUCCGCCAUCCAGCCAGUGGCUACGUCCAGGGAAUCAACGACUUGGUCACUCCAUUCUUUGUGGUAUUCCUUUCCGAAUUUGUUGAGGAGGAUGUGGAGAAUUUUGACGUAGCGUCCCUUCCUCUUGACACCCAGAGGAACAUUGAGGCAGACAGCUUCUGGUGCAUGACCAAGCUGCUGGAUGGAAUACAGGACAACUACACCUUUGCUCAGCCAGGGAUUCAGAACAAAGUGAAAGCUUUGGAAGAAUUGGUCAGCAGAAUCGAUGAGGACAUACACAACUACUUUAAGAGGUAUGAGGUGGAGUACCUGCAGUUUGCUUUCCGCUGGAUGAACAACCUGCUGAUGAGAGAACUGCCUCUACGCUGCACCAUCCGCCUCUGGGACACCUAUCAGGCUGAGCAAGAGGGCUUCUCCCACUUCCACCUGUACGUCUGUGCUGCUUUCCUGAUCGAGUGGCGCAAAGAGAUCCUCUCCAUGGUCGAUUUUCAGGGUCUUCUCAUGUUACUCCAGAACCUUCCCACAAUCCACUGGGGGAACGAGGAAGUAGGCCUUCUCCUGGCUGAAGCAUACAGACUCAAGUAUAUGUUCGCUGACGCGCCCAAUCACUACAAGAGAUAGGCCUCUACAGUGCCUUGCAAAAGUAUUCAUCCCCCUUGGCGUUUUUCCUAUUUUGUUGCAUUACAACCUGUA